UCAAGCGAUCAUGUGACAGUCUAAGAUGGCGACGCCCAGGGAUGUGGACGAAGAGUCGACGGUGUACCUGGUGGUGAGUGGUAUCCCUCCUGGGUUACGCUCGGCCCAGCUACGGAACUACUUCAGCCAGUUCCGGGAGCAGCGCGGCGGAGGCUUUCUGUGUUUCCACUAUCGACAUCGGCCAGAGAGGGGCCCUCCGCAGGCGGCGGCUCCCAACGCGGCCCGAGCUGCUCCCGACCCUGCUGCUGACGUUCCGGAUCUCACCCAGACUGCAGCCCCUGAUGCCGGCGCUGUCUCCGCCCGGAACUCUGCUCCCGUCCAGACCCCCACCUGCUGCUGCGUCGUCUCGGUGCGGGGAGUGGCGCAAGCUCAGAGACUGCUUCGCAUGUACUCGGGCCGCCGGUGGCUGGACUCUGAGGGCACCUGGCUCCCGGGUCGUUGUCUCAUCCGCAGGCUGAGAAUACCCACUGAGGCUUCAGAUCUGGGUCCCUUUCCCUUUAAAACCCGGAAGGAGCUACAGAGUCGAAAGGCAGCGAAUGAAGCUUUUACUUUGUCCGACCUGAAGCAGCUACCCGAACUGAAUCCACCAGUGCUAAUGCCCAAUGGCAACGUGGGCACGCCCUUGCGUAUCUUUCUGGACUUGAUCCGGGCCUGCCGUCUUCCCCCUCGCAUCAUCAAGCAGCUGCAGCUCCAGUUCCCGAAGACAGGCUCCUCCCGACGCUAUGGCAAUGUGCCCUUCGAGUAUGAGGACUCGGAGACUGUGGAGCAAGAAGAGCAUGUGUACACUGCUGAGGGGGAGGAAAUCCCCCAGGAAACCUGCUUGGAAGAGCCACCAGCCAGCCUCUUGGAUGAACCUGAGGAUGAAGGGCCGCAGGAAGAAGAGGAGUCUCACUCCGAUGAUGACGAUGACCGGUGUGAGGAGUGGGAGCGUCAUGAGGCUCUGCACGAGGACGUGACCAGGCAGGAGCGGACGACCGAGCGACUCUUCGAGGAGGAGAUUGAGCUCAAGUGGGAGAAGGGCGGCUCUGGCCUGGUAUUCUACACUGAUGCUCAGUUCUGGCAAGAGGAAGAAGGAGACUUUGACGAGCAGACGGCCGAUGACUGGGACGUGGACAUGAGUGUCUACUACGACAAAGAUGGUGGAGACAAAGACGCCCGUGACUAUGUCCAAAUGCGCCUGGAACAGAGACUCCGUGGUGGCCAGGAAGAUGGCUCUGUGAUAGGCCGCCAAGUGGGCGCCUUUGAGCACCACACCAAGGGCAUUGGCCGGAAGGUGAUGGAGCGCCAAGGCUGGGCUGAAGGCCAGGGCCUGGGUAGUAGGUGCUCUGGGGUGCCUGAAGCCCCAGAAGGUGAUGGCCAGCACCCCAGAUGCAAACGUGGAUUGGGGUACCAUGGAGAGAAACUACAGCCAUUUGGGCAACUGAAGAGACCCCGUAGAACUGGCUUGGGGCUCAUUUCCACAAUCUACGAUGAGCCUCUUCCCCAAGACGAGACAGAGUCCAUGCUCCGACGCCAGCCACCCACAAGCAUGAAGUUUCGGACAGAUAUGACUUUUGUGAGGGGUUCCAACUGUGCCUUGGACAGACCCCUGGAGCCUGAGUGAGGGCUGGUCCUUGGUCAGGGUCACUCAGCUGCAGGAAACAGCCUGGGUCUUGCCUUGUGGACUUCUGAAGCAGCCAAGAGCCUUGGAGUCUGCAAAACAUGCUCAAGUACUCAUACCUGAGCACGCCUGCGCUUGUCUACCUCAAAGAUGAUUUCACAGAAAGCCCCUCCCUCUCCUGGGGUGGUCUCUGAACCCUAGUCCUUGUUUGGACUCGCCCCAGAACCAGGAAGAUCUGGACUGCCUGUGGCACAUUCCAGUCGGUUUUGCUGGGAUCUGAAGGAGGCCCUCACGAGGUCAGAAAAAGAAUAAGGGACCAGAGAAGAACUGAUCCAGAGAGGGCCGGGCGCCCCUCACUACCUCUACCAUUUGGCUGGGGGCGGGUCUGCACGAGAAUAAACUCGUUUAGGACUGAA